GGCAGAUCUAUCCGAUGUGAUCCUGCCGAGCUCCGUCAGAUGCGGCCGGGAUGAAUGCAGCGCGCCAUCUUUGCCACUCGGCGGCCAACGGCGUCCGCCUCGUCUGUCGGGCAGCUUCGUCAUCGGCAGCGGCAUCAUCGGCAUCAGCAGCAGCAGCAACGAUGACAGUGAGGCGCCGUGUGAGCAUCGUGAGCGAUGCGGAGGAGUGCUGUCGAGAGGUGGAUGACCAUCUGCGGGGCUGUGACCGGGUGGCCAUGGACUGCGAAGGCGUCAUGCUGGGGCGGUUUGGGCGGCUCUGCCUCGUGCAGGUGAGGCGGGUGGGGUGGCCAGACCACAUGGAUGGAUGACAGACAGCAAAUUAUAUUGACGGUAGACAGACACGUGGAUGACUAGACAGCUUUGCGAUGCUGUGUGUGUGUGUCAUGGAUUGUAUGUGUGUGUGGUCAGUUGUCAACUCGCGAGCGGAUAUUGGUGUGUGACGCGCUCAAGACGGGUGUGGUGGAGGCGCUCAAGCCGAUACUUAGCGACCCGAACAUCAUCAAGGUAGGUGAGCCCCGCCACGCACACAUCAAAUCAAGACAGCAGCUGCCUGCCUGCCUUGAUGCAUUCAUGUGCGUGUGUCGUGUCAGGUGUGCCACGACUGCCGUGAGGACUCAUCCGCCCUCUACCACCAGCACGGCGUCCUUCUGCGGAGCGUCUUCGACACGCAGGUCGCCUACAGGCUGCACCUCCAGAGGACGCGCACAGACCAGGGCAAAGGAAUGGCAGAGGGGAGCUCGCCCUACGACGAGCACGGCGGCAGCGAUAGCAGCGCCUAUGCCUUCGAUGCGCCACUGGCCGUGCCGCUCAAAGCUUUCCUCGACAUCAGGUGGCCUGGUGUGGCGCAUGGAUGGGCAUGGAUGGAUGGAUGGAUGGCUAUCAUAGGGAGCGGUUUGGUUUCUGUGUGUAUCAGCACGCCGCCGUCUCGUGAGAUGAAGCAGCGGAUGAGCGACGAUCCGACUCUGUGGUUCCGCCGGCCGCUGGGUGCCGACCUGCUUCGGUAUGCCAUGGAGGGGGUGCGGCACCUCAUACCUCUCAUGGACGCAAUGACGCGCAAGGGCAGCAGUGCUGCCGCUACGGGCGGUGCUGGUGGUGGUGGCAGUGAUGCACAAAUCGGUCGGUCGGUCAGCCAGGGAAUGAAUGGAUGGAUGGAUGGAUGGAUGGAGGGACAGAUGACCAUUGUGUUGUGUUGACUUGUGCUGUGCAGAUGUGGAUAGUGUGUUGAGUGCGUCGCAGCGGUAUGUGGAUUACCGUGUGUUGAAUAGCGGCUUCGAUAGGCCGGCAGACAUCGCCACCAGAGGGACUAAUGUACAGGGUGGGUGCGGGGCGCCAACACACACACACACACACAGACAAGAGUGCAUGUGUGUGUUUGUAGGUGUGCUGGUGUCUCGUGUGCCGUCCAAGCUGCUGUUCAAGCUCAAUUGUGGCCGGCAGGGAGUGGUGUCGACGCUGUCAGCCAUCAAGCGGUUCAGGGAUGUGCAGAUUGGUACGAAUGCGCAGAGAGCAGGGAAGCACCACACAGUCUACGUCUGUCUGUCUGUGUGUCUGUCUGUCUGCAGGUGAGGUGGCUGACUGUGUGGUGUCGAAUGUCAGCGUCGACGGCAACUACGUCUACCUCGACAGGUAGGUACCUACACACACUGCCACACACACACACACACACACUCUCACACACACACACACACAUCUGUGUGUGUGCCUGUCUGUGUAUGUAUCUGCCACCACUCAUUCAUCGAUCAAUCAGGUUUGAUGCGCUUCACGACUACUGGAGCCUCAAACAAAGGUAUGCGUGUGUGACACACACAGCACCAAUGCGCCAACAUGACAUCCAAGUCUGUGUCGUGUGUGUGUGUGUGUGUGUGGGUCUCAGGCCAAAGAGCCACUACCGCCCCACCCGACAAGCGGUGGGAGAGCGAGGGGCCCACAGUACUGCACACCCCAUCCACCUCCCACCCACCACCUGUCUGCCCGUCUGCCUUUUCUUGUCCUUUUCAGGACGAGCAUGAAACGGCAGACCCUCUCCUGGUGCCGCAGGUCGACCCCACAGACCACGACGCACACAUGCACCAAGACGACGGCCGGUGAGUGACCGACCCAGUGGAUGAGUGAACGCAGUUGCCGGCUGCCACGCCAUGGCUGGGUCUCACACACGGGCAAGGCAGUGUAAUCGAUGCCAUUCAUGGUUGCGCAGUGGGCUGUGUCGGUCGGUUGUGUUGGUGUGCAUUUUUGGCACUGCGUACGUAAUGAGGACUGACUGUGAGAUAGAUAUGACAACCUUGAUUGUCUGUCCCAGCUGGGCUGCAGCUAUUGUGCAAUGUGUGUCGAAGGCUGGUGGCUGAAUGUCAUUGGCAACG